AUCUUCAGUGAAGGGGAGGGAGUUCAGCAGCUGAGGCUGAGACUAUAUAAACAGGGGUGAGUUCAAACCUCAGUCAGCUGCUCCUGAACAUCUUCUGAUAUCCUGUCACCGCCUGAAGACGAAGACAUUUGCAGAGGAAUUUAUAAAAGUGAACUCAAGACCUCUCUCAUCAUGGAUAUAACCAUCGUUAUGCUGAACGGGACUUCCCACACACUGAGCGUGCAACCAGGGGACACAGUGGGCUCUCUGAAACAACGCAUCCAGAGCAAGUUUGGAGUCCCUGAGAAGCAGAAGCUGAUGUUUGUGAAUGGUCAGAAGACUCACCUGAGCAAUGACUUACUACCCAUCAGCUCCUACGGUUUGCACCCCGGUGCCAGGGUGUCCCUGCUGGUGAUCGAGCCGCGGACCAUCCAGGUGUUCGUCAGAAACGAGAAGGGGAAGCUCAACACCUAUGACAUCAAAGCUGACGAGACUGUGGACAACUUAAAGAGCAGGGUCCAGAGCAGAGAGGGGGUCCCGGUGAGCCAGCAGAGGCUCAUUCACCAGGGCAGAGAGAUGGCGGGGGGCAAACUGGCGGACUACAACGUCACUGCCAACAGCACCAUCGACCUGAGUAUGCGCCUGAGAGGAGGCUGAGGACUAUUAAAUCUGAACAUUCCUGAUUAUCAUAUAGUAUUAAAAAAUGAUUUUCUGUAGCCUUCCUUUAUUUUUUUUUAGUAAUUUCUAAUGUAAAUGAUCACAAUUAUGUCUUAUUUAUUUGUAGUUUCAUUUUGAACAAAAAAAAUCAAUGCAUUCCUCCUGUGUGUAAUCAUGCAUGUCUUAAAAACGUGUUAAGACUUAGUUUGUUGUUUUAAUUUGGCAAUACAAAUCUGUUGUCCAUUUUUAAUGGAAAUGGACUUAUACCUGCACUUUAUAUUGUGGCAACUCCUGCUCAUGUUCCUUCUGCUCACACUGUAGGCUAUAUAUGUUGGUGUAGCUAUUCACACUUCAUACUGUUAAAACUGUUCAAAGUGGGACCAAGUCAUUGUUUUUGUUAAGUUCUGCCUGUGGCUGCUCUUGAUUUGUCUUCUUUCAAAAUACACCUCUGUUUUCAUAGGAAAUUUAAUGUUACAUAAAGUCUCUUUCAAAAUAAAUGUACUAUGUAAGGACAACACUGCAAA